AUGGAGGGAGUCUGCCUCUUUCAUGGCAGCGGAGCCGCUGGUGCGGUUCAGCUGAAGCUCUGCGUGCGAUGGCCUCUUCGGCAUUCCAGGGUGAUCGUGGGCAGGACAUUCCAUCCUGGAACGGCGAUCCCUCCAGCUUUGCCAGCUUCGAGACGGCCUGCCGGUGGUACAGCCAUACUCUUAAAGAGUCUGAACAGGCAGGCGGCAGGCGCUGCAGCAAGGAUUUGGGGCCGGCUGACAGGACCGGCCAAGUCGGUGGUGAAGCACCUGGACCCCGAGCAGUUCUUCAACAAGAAGGGCCUAGACCUUCUUUUGGAAAAGCUUCGCCACUCCCCGUUGCAGACGCUGCCCAUUCCGGACAGCUUCCAGAAGCUUGAGCGCUGGAACAACCUGAGGAGGCGCGACAAUGAGAGCAUCCCCGAGUUUUUGGUGCGUGAGGAAGAAGGUUUUUCCGAGCUUCAGCUUUCUUUGCGACGGUCCAGGGACUUGGCAGGACGACCGGUGGCAUCGUCUGACAAGGUGCCGGGUGAGCCACCGGCCCAAGACGAUGCCGAGGAAGCAGCUGCUGAUGAUGAGUUUGCUGACCUUCCUGAUUUCAGGAAGGCCUCUCCGAGCUCCUCACCUUCGCGAAGGCCCAAGGCUCCGAGUUCUCCGGCGGCAAGGUCCAGUGGUACCAAGGCAGCUGCUGAGACAGCUGCGCCGGAUUUCUUCAGCGAUGAGUUGCGUGGCUAUCGUCUGCUAAAAGGGGCGGGGCUCACUGUGCAAGAGCGCCAGCAGGUGCUCACCUUGUCAAACAACAAGGUCAACUUCGAGGUUAUCCGCCAGGCCCUGCGAGCUUUUGCUGACGAUUCCUCUGAAGGACGGCGCCACCGACACCGAGAACGGGCGACCUGGUGGACCGACGAGGCCGCCGACGACUACCUGAACCCCGUGGCCAAGGUCAGGGCGGCCCGUGGCUACUACCCUCUGGGCGGAAAGGGGGCCGGACAAGGCUCCAAGGGCAAGGGCACUGGAGCAGCCCGUUGCCUGAUAUGUGGUCAGCCUGGCCACUUCUUUCGCGAAUGCCCCCACCGUCACCAAGGUGCAGCGAUGUUUCAGCAGAAGGGCCCGCCGAAGGGCAAGCCGCGCUUCGGAAAAGGCAAGGGCAAGAGCAAGCAAAAGGGCAAGGGGAAGACGAUCCCCGCGCACUACUUCGGCCUCGGCCUCUACACCCUGGAGACCGUGGAUGGCAAGCCCGACUUCUAUGCCAACGAGAAGCAGGACCCGGCCAACCAGAACGUGACCAUAGCGCCGGUGGACCCUCUGCAGGCUUCCUUGGAGGCCCUUGAACGAGACCGGCGCCCGAUUCGGAGCCACCUGGCUGGGAACAGCUUUGGCAAGGAGCUGGGUGUCUACGAGAACGAGGCCCAGGAUGUCUUCAAUGAGAAUGUCCCCCUGGAGGCUUUCGACGACCCGGCCGCGACGAUUCCCCCGAACUCCAAUGGCACGACCGACAUGGAGCUCUACAUGAUGCAGUCGAUUGGUGUGAUGCAAGUUGGCGCCGCCCCGGCGCGCGGCCAAGGCGAGUGCCCGAAGUUCAUCCUCGACACCGGUGCCACGGAGAAUGCAGCGGGGGUGAACACCGUGCAACAGCUUCUUCACUGGGGUCGUGGUGUUCGCCUUCGGCACGUGGACCUCGAGGACCGACCUGUCUUCCGCUUCGGCGACGGCCUCACCCUCAAGGCGACCAGCAAGGUGGUGCUUGGCUGCACGAGCUUGGGCACUAUCUCGUUCUAUGUCUUGGACGGCGACAGCAGAAGGACGACCCAGAGGGCCCAGGAUACUCCCCUGCUGGUGGGCUCGAGGUUCUUGCGCAACCACCGCGCCUGCAUCUCCUAUGAGCACCUUAGCUUGUUCCUCAUGAAGCCGACGGGAGAAGUGACGAGCUCCCCUCUGGAGCGGACCAGGACGGGGCACUUGGUGCUUGACCCCUUUCUGGAGCCGACCAACCUGAUGUCUUUGAAGAAGCAGGCUGAGGAGCGCUAUGGUGUGACGCUUCCGAACGAGGCGGCCCGACUCUUUGAGCUUUUCUCCUCCCCUGGGGCCAUUCAAGCCUUGGACGGGAGUGCCAGCUACGAGCAGGUCCCGGCGCCUCUGGACGACCCUCGGGUGAGCGGAUGGCCCUGCCACGGCAAACACCUGGACGGCAAGGAGAAGGGCAACCAGUUUGCUCGAUGGGCCGACUGCCCGAGGUGCGGCCUGAGGACAUCCUAUGUGGCGACCAAGGGCCACGGCGGGAGGCGCACAGCUGGGCCAACGAUCGAGGUGACCCGGGAGGCCAUGAAGGAGCUGGAGAUGAUGUACGACCGCGGCGAGAUCCGGAUGGUCAACGAGACGGUGGUCCGCGGCAAGAUCAUGGAGGUGCAGAGCCGGUCGCUACUGGCUGGUGUGCCGAUCCCUCUGAAGAAGACGAUGGGCCAGGACCGGCAGGAGGACCCACCGACAUGCGAGAGCCGCCGAGCCAUGACAUCGAAGGCGGCACCCUCGACGAAGCCAGGACCAUCGACGGCGGCACCAUCAACAACUCCAGCGUUCAGGCCGGCAGCUCGCGACACAAAGCCCCCGAUGGCCGUGAACAAGGGCGGCUCAACUAUCGAGACCAAGGUGCUCAAGGACAAGCUCGAGGACAAGGAGGGCGAGCUGGCCGAGGCGAACGAGCAGAUCAUGUACCUGGAGAGCAAGUUGAUGGAGCUUCGCAGCCGAGUCCGCGAGGAGAUGGAGCAGGCGAGUUCGGAGGGCGGCUGGGAGAACAUGAGUGUGUCCGGGGCAGGCGGCAGCAGCCGCACCGGGAGUUUGUCGAUGCAAUCCUUGCACCACGAUGGCUCUUUGGAGCCGAACCUUCGAGGACUCCCGGAACGCCAGGGUAUCACUCAGGCAUGCCGCAAGCGCAUGCAACACGAGUCCCGGAAGCUCGUGGCUAGUGCUCUUUGUAUAGCAGUGUCGUUGCUGGCAUUGACCUCGAAUUCAUUGGACGUGUUUGAAUUUGGUUCCGACACUUUGUCACCGGCCUUUCGUGACGAAGGCCUCCUUUGCGAAACCGCAACCGUGGCACAGGGCUAUCACCUGGACAACGUCGAGGACAUCAAGAAGAUGAACGUGAAGGUGGCCAUGGCGCCCAAUCAAUGGAGAAAUGUGGUUCGAGCUCGGCGGCGUGAUUUGGCAGCAGCCGAGCAAGCAGCUGAAGCGGUGGUUGCCCGGAUUCAAGCUGGGAAACACUUUGCUUGGAUGGGUCGUGCCGACUCCCAAGCGUGGAAAGGCCGGGCCGUGGCCGCUAUCAAAGGAGCUGCUCAAGAUUGCCAUGUGGAUGUGUACGAGUGCGUGGUGGAUGGAUGCUGCUAUGAUCGAGGGCCUGCGCCUUCACCGGAGCGUUGGGAAAUCCUGACCAACGUGAAGCAGCUCUACUACAAGCUUGGGCGACGUGUUUGCCCAGGGCACCGAGCACAUGGCGACCGCGAUGUCAAGGCAACCGCGAUCCCCGAGGCCAUGAUUCGGGAUAUUGUGGACGCGGUGAGCUGGGACCUGCGAUUUCGUCACGGGUCCUUGCGCGACGACGUGGAGAACUACCUUGCAGGCGAAGUGUCCAAGGACGAGACCAACCAGGUCAGCGUCAUGACACACCAGAUCGACGCCAAAGCAAACCAGAUCGACACCAAAGCAGACCAGAUCAACACCAAAGCAGACCAGAUCAACACCAAAGCAGACCAGAUCAACACCAAAGCAGACCUGUCCAAUACGGUGACUGACCAAGAUGGUGAUCCUCGUGGGGGUGUUUCUUCCGCUCGUGACCUUCUACCUUUGCAGCGGAUGACGCUUCCACCUGAGAAGCCUACUGGCCGCAAGCUUGAGGAAGUAAAGAGUGCCCUCCUUCGGAUGCAUCGUGCUGCAGGACAUAGUAGCAUGGAAUUGCUAGCUCGGCUUUUAGAGAAACGUGGCGCAGCACGUUGGGCAUCUGAAUUGGCGAGAAGCUUGAAGUGCGACGACUGCGAGGAGAGUCGACGCAUCUCUCCAGUCCCGCCUGCUUCUACUGAGGAGCAGCCCUCGCUGUGGGAAACACUCGGACUAGACGUCUUUGAAUACGAAUACGAGGCUGGCGGCACAAAGAUGAAGGCCAAAUUUCUCUUGUUUCAGGACAGAGCGAGCCGUUAUUGUAUGACCAAGUUGCUGAAAACUUAUCCGGCCGUGGAAAAUUGGGAACCCACCACUGGGGAGGUGAAGUCAGCAUUAGUCACCGGCUGGCUCGCGACCAAUCCCGCUCCUGUCUGGAUUAUUACAGACUCAGCUCCUUAUUUUGUGUCGACUGAGAUGGCAGAUUUCUGCUCUCGCAGCGGAAUUGGCUUGAUGACGGCGCCAGCUGAAGCUCACUGGCUGGUUGGCCAAGAGGAGCGACGGAUUCAAACUCUGAAGCGUACGGCCGCGCGGCUGGAAAAGGAGUCACUGGGCCUAUCCAUUGAAGAGAUUUUCGCAUUGGCCGUGCAUGGUGCAAAUUCUUCUCUGAAUGCCAGUGGAUUUACCCCUUUUCAGUGGACUCACGGCUGGCAAAAGGACGAGAUCGAAUCCCUCCCGGAUGGCAUCAAUCCGAAGCGUGCGUUCUCUCGCAUGCUGGCCUUCCGAGAGAAGGCUCGUGCCGCUUUCGUGAAGUCCGACGCCGCAGAGAAACUCUCACGCCUCAACAAUGCUGUGCAGCGAAAGGCUGUCCAGUAUCAAGCUGGUGGACUUGUGAUGCUUUGGAGGAAGGAUCGACAGUGUGGCUUGCGACGGGCGCGACAAUCAUACGGGGCCAAGACGAACCAGGUCCGACCUUGUUCCAAGAGAGAGGAAAUUGUGCACUCCACCAAGGGCAUGUCAGUGAUCAAGAAUCCCGUGACCAUGUCCACCCUUCUUCGUGGCUACACUGGGCGUCAUUACGUCGACGCCUCGCAGGAGACUCCGGGACAAGCCCUGGAAGAGGACGUGACCCCUGCAGAGGUCCGCGUCGAGCCUGACGCCAGCCGGAAGAAGACAGUGCGCGAUAAAUGGGAGAGGCGUGGAGACACCCUGGUGAGAAUCCACGGGACGCCUCGGCUGACUCUCUUCACUCCGGACAAGGUUCAAGAAUGCCCUGUGCGGGAAUCUUCCUUCACAGGCAAGCGCCGCACGUUUGUGCAAGCCACUGGUGGAACAAAGCAGCAGCUCAUCGAGGAUGACUACAAGUCUGAGGGCAAGCCAAACAGAGGUCUUCUUGAGCGGUGGACUGGCGAGACACACUUCGAGCUCAAGGGCGAGCCUUCGCAGAGUUCCGCUCCAUCUGAGCCUGUGAGAGCCCCCACCGUGGAGGCCUCGGAUGCCCCUGCGUCAGCUGUGGAACCUCCUCCUGAGGCUGCAGUUCCUUCUACUCCUGGGGCUGUGCCGGGAACUCCGGGACAGUUGGCGGCAAGAGUGCCGCUGCCACCAGACUUGGAGGAAGAAGCUGCCCGAUCGGCCGCUUACGAGAGCAGCAGUGACAGUAGCUCUAGCAGUUCUUCUGAGGAAGAGCUGGUCCCUGACAGAGCUCCUCCGACGGAGCGCAAGCGCAAGGCUGAGACCGAGCUCUCCCGCAAGGGCGUACAGGAGAACAUGCUGGCUGUUACGUGCACCAUGGAUGUCAACGAAAAGGACCUCUCCAAGCUACUCCGGAAGCCUAAGAAGGCAGCGAUUUGGAUGUCACAGAAAAUGGCUGAGAAAUCAAAAGAAGUUUCGUGGCAGAAGCUGUCUUACGAGGAAAAGUUGGAGUUUGACGAAGCGCAAGCAGUCGAAUUGAGCAAUGUGCUCUCCUCGGCCGCUGUCCGUGCGCUGGCCAUGUCCGAGACCAAGGGCCUGGACUACUCCAAGGUGAUGAAGAUGAGGUGGGUGUUGACCCGAAAGAACAGUGGCACUGCCAAGGCCAGACUGGUUGUCCUUGGAUUUCAGCAGCACAACUUGACAACAGUGCAAACUGCAGCGCCAACGCUGAGCCGCACCGGCAGAUAUGCGUUAUUUGCUGCAGCUGCGAACAAGGGCUUUAAGCUGGAAUCGGGCGACGUGACAUCUGCAUUUCUUCAAACAAUGGACAGUUUGGAGGACGAGCAGUUGUUUGUCUGGGCUCCUGCAGAGCUGGCUGCGCUCUUCGGAGCAGAGCCCGGCGAGGAGACAGUGCUUAAGCUCACAAAAGCCUUCUACGGUUUGGUCCACGCGCCACGCAAGUGGCACGAGUCUGUGGUGGAAGUUUUGCUGCAGACGGGCUGGAAGCAGACAAAGGUGGACAGAUGCCUCUUCUGCCUGUACGAUGAUGGAACCCAGGAGCUCAUCGCCUUAGUGGGCAUCCAUGUGGAUGACUUCCUGAUCUGUGGACAGCCAGGUCACCAGAAGUACGAGGAGGCGAAGCGGAAGCUCCAGGCAAAGUUCAAGUUCGGAAAGUGGUGUGACACAGAGGACUAUGUGAACAAAUGGCUCGAGGAGAUUCCCAUGACGAAGCAGAGAGCGCUGCAGAGCAAGAGUGCUCUCACCUCCAAGGAGAUCUCUCAGCUGCGAGCUGUUUUGGGAACUCUUUCCUGGAAGGCGUCCCAAACGGGACCGCACCACCAAGCGGAGGUGUCGCUACUUCUGUCUUCGGUUCCAGGAGCUACCGUGCACACGGCGAACUUAGUGAACAAGCUUGUCAGAGAGGUGCGACGCGAAGCCUCUCAGCAGCUGUGGUUCCCGUUCUGGAACCUUGAGUGGAGGAGCAUUGCUACAGUCGUGUGGGCAGAUGCCUCACAAGGCAACCGCCCGAAGAAAGCUAGCACGAUCGGAUAUGUGGCAGGGUAUGCACCUCGGUCCAUACUGGACGGCGAGGAAGAACACGUUGCCCUUGUCUCAUGGAGAUCCACGAAAGCCCCUCGGGGCAGUCUAGGAUCCAAUGGAUCAGAAGUGCAAGCGAUUACAGUGGGCGAAGAUGUAGUGUUCCUCCUGAGAGCAGUGUGGUUCGAGCUACAUGGUGGGCAAGUUGCGAGAGGACGUCUCGAACAUGAUCUGGCUCAUAACACAACCGGUGGGUUGAUGAUGGAUAGCCGUGGCGUCUUCGACGCUAUGACGCGGAACUUGAGUUCAUUGCAUGGCUUAAGAUCAUCCCGCGCUGGUUACGAGCUGGUGAUUGCAGUCCAACAAGCUCUGAAACUGCGGACCCACUUGCGAUGGGUGAACGGCCUAGCGAUGCUCGCCGAUGGCUUGACCAAAGCCGGGAACAAGAAAGAUCUGCUGAAUUUCUUUGUGAACCGCCAGCGAUGGAGCAUCGUUCAUGACGAGUCCUUUACGGCAGGCAAGAAGCUUCACAAGGUUUCCCGAGAACGUCGAGUGUUUCCUGACCGCUUUGAGUGCUUUGGCUAG